UUUUGUUUGUGUUAUUAUAUUAUGUGUGUGCUGUACAUUUGUCGUUGAUCGUUGUAUCGUAAUAUACCCUUUCCACCAAAAAAAAACAAAAUAUCAAAAAAACCUAAACGAAAAAACACUUCAAUCAAAUCAAUUGACCAAUUCAACUUACCUACCUACCUAUCUGGCCUAUUACCCUUUCCUCUCCUGGCCAAUCCAUCGCACUCGCUCUCCCCCUAUUUCUGUCUCACACACACACACACUAUCUGUCCUGCUCUCUUGCUAACAACGAUCAUGCAUAAACCAAAGCUAGCAAAUGCUAUAACUGCUGCCGGUAUUGCCUCAUCUAUAUCAAACAACAACAACAAUAAUAGCAAAUCAAAACGCGCACGUCAAUUUAGCGUUCAACCAGCAGCAACAACAAUUGCAACAAGUGCAACAAGCAACAACGAUUCAACAUUGGCUUCUUUAUCUUUAUCCAAUUCAUCAACAACAUCAUCAUCGCUAAUUGGCGCUUCAAUUGAUUUAGAACAAUACAUCAGCGCCAUGGAGGCCAGAAGACAUGACAACGAACCGGAUGUUUGGGCCCAACUUCAGCAAAAGGAAUCCGACAUAUUGUUGGCAGCCGAAUUGGGAAAAGCUCUACUUGAGAAAAAUGAAGAACUAGUUAAACAGCAGGAAAAACUCAUUGAGGAUUAUUCAACCAAAAUUGAGAAACUUGAGCAAGAGAAACAUGUAUUGCGUCAGAAAUUGUCCAUAGCUGAGGAUGAAAGUGAUCAGCGUGUCCUGGAACUGCAAUCCGAUCUCAAUGAGCUAAAGGAUAAACUGCAAACACAAGAUGCUGCCAUAAGGCAGGCGGAAAAAGAGAAAACCAUUCUCAUCGAUGAGCUGCAGCAUCAAAAUACACGUCUCACGGAGCAAAUACAAGAGGCUCAUGCCACAGAAUUGAAACUAAGCGGACAGAUACAAGAGCUAAAGGAUCAGUAUCAUUAUAGAAAUAGCAGUUUGCAGGAACAUGUCAAUAGCUUAGAGUCUAUUAAGACCGAACUCAACCUCACGACUGGCAAGCGGCAGGAGCUGGAACGUCGCCUACAACAUGCCCAAGAGGAGAAGGAGAAUCUUACCUCAUCACUGGAAGAGGCAUCCGAUAGAAUUCAUAUGCUUGAGCGCCAUGCACGCGAGCAGGAAACAAAAUUAGAGACCACCUUACAAGCAUUGGAACGCUCUUCACGGGAGAAUAAUGUGCUUAGUGAACGUUUGGGGGCGGACGCCAACUCGAGCACGCCGGGCAAAAAGAGUCUGCAAUUUGAAAUGGAAUGUGAUGAGGAUGAUGCCAGCUAUACGGAGACUGGGAAACCCAAUCAAAUGUGGGUGGAGGCACGUUCGGUGUAUAUACAACUCAAAUCCCUGGUGGAUUCGCUAAAAGUGAGCCAUGAUGAUGACUCAGGUCUAAACUCAGACAUAUCUUUGGAUCUGGAAUCCAUGGACAAUACCAUUUCAAGUACGGAACGCAAUGAUAGCGGGCACAUGGCUAUUGAAUUCCGUCAGGGCAUGCUAUCGGCCAUGUCGGAUGAGCUUACACGUUUGCUUCUCAAUCUGGAUGCGGGUAAUUUCAAGAAAAUGUUAGACCAAACACGUAACCUGGUCCUAGAGCAGGAAGAUGAAAUCAAACGUAGCCAUCAGUUGAUACAGCAAUUAGAGGCUAAGGUGACGGUGACAGAUGUCGAGUUGCAGAAUGUGAAAGAGGAACGAGAUCAGGCACGCGGCGAUCUUGUCGAUAAUACCGAUCGCGAUGAGUUGCUCUCGAAAGCGCAAAAAGAACGCGAUGCGGCCAACGAGCGAAGGACCAAGGCCGAGGUGGAAUUGGCCAAAACGCGAGUGGAACUAAUGCAGGCCAAUAGCCAGCUGCUCGAGUCUAUACAACAGAAGGUGGAGCUGUCACAGCAGCUGGAGCAAUGGCAAAUGGAUAUGCAAGAGCUAAUCGAUGAGCAAAUGCGCUCCAAAUUGAUUAAUAAUCGCAAGAGUCUAUCGUCCGAUUUGACGACUCCGUCUCCACCCAGCAGCGCGGCGGCCAAUUUGGCCAAAAGGGUGUCGAGCUAUAAACUCUGGAGUUUAUUUCAGCGGUAGAUGGUUAAAUAUAAAUCUCACAAGACGCUGGAAAAUCUAUGCUACACUUAUAUUUCUAAUGUAGAUUAGAUUUAGGAUCUACUAAUCGACGGACGGACGGAUAGACAGAAAGAUAUAUAUUUUUAAUAUUUAUA